ACCAAUGAUCUACUAACUGCUAAAAAUAGUGCCCAAUGGCCAUUGUGUCAGUGUACUCAUCCCAACCAAUGCUCCAUACUCCGUGUCACCCCAACCAAUGGAAUAGUAUACUCCGUACUCAUCCCAACCAAUGGCCACUACUGUACUCAUCCCAAAAUAGAAUGGCCACUACUCAGUGGAAGGAAUCAUGCCAAAAAAUGGCCACUAGUACCGUACUCAAGGGGGUGACAAUGGCCACUGGUACCAAAGUGUGCCAACCAAUGACCACUACUACUCCGUACUCUCAUCCCAACCAAUGGCCACUACUCCGUACUUUACCAAUCAAUGGCCACUAU